AUGUCCACAUGCCGCUCACCUGGAGACCAUUCAGGACCAGUGUCUCCUCUGAGAGCAGCAGCAGCAGCAGCAGCAGGCGGUGCGCAGAGUGAGGAAGAGGAGGAGGAGGGUCUGUCCCGGGGCAGCGGCGUCUGCAAGUGGUUCAACAUGAGGAUGGGCUUCGGCUUCCUGUCCAUGAGCAGCAGGGACGGAACUGCUCUGGAGGAGCUGCUGGACGUGUUCGUCCACCAGAGCAAACUGCACAUGGAGGGCUUCCGCAGCCUCAGAGAAGGCGAAGCCGUUGAGUUCACCUUUAAGAGAUCCUCUAAAGGGCUGGAGUCGGUGCGGGUUACCGGGCCCAACGGAGCGCCGUGCCUGGGCAGCGAGAGAAGACCGAAGAGCGGCCAGAAACGACGCUCCAAGGGUGACAGAUGCUACAACUGUGGAGGACCCGGCCAUCACGCCAAAGAGUGUCAGCUGCCCCCUCAGCCCAAAAAGUGCCAUUUUUGUCAGAGUGUUUCCCACAUGGUGGCCAGCUGUCCGGUCAAAGCCCAGCAGCAGCAGCAGCAGCAGCAGCAGCAGCAGCAGCAGCAGCAGCAGCAGCAGCAGCAGCAGCAGCAGCAGCUUUCGUCUCCAGCUUCCUCACAGAGGGACGAGGAAGAGGAGCGAAGCCAGGCCGCCCUCUCUGAGAACUCAGAGUGAACUGUGAGGUUUUUCACUGGAACACUGCUUAUAGGAAGAGCUACCUCAGGGUUUAUUUUAUUGAACGGCAUCACUGUGGUACUGAUGUGAUGUGUAGUUCAAUAGAGCGCCGGCAGACAUGUUUUUUUAUUUUUCUUUCUUAGUUGUUUUUUUCUGCCGUUGGAUAAGUGUCUUAGCUUUGGAAUGAAACAAUCAGACUUCCCGUUGAUUCAGCCGUAUAGUAGCACCAGAUAUCAAGUCCCUGGACUGAUCUGACGUCAUGUGUGCCACCGAUAUUAUUUUAUUUUUAACAAAAUUCAAAUACAAAAAUCUUGCUGGUUUACAACUCUACAAAGCAUAGCACACAUACAGGGUGUGUGAAAACAAAUGCACCAGGAGGGCUUGACUAAUACACAAAUAUUUGACAUAAAAUCUACAUGAUGGUUAUAAUAGACGUUAGUUUUUACAGCAGAUGUUUUCACAUGUCAGAACAGGAAAAGCACUUUAUGGUGCAAUUUAUAAAAUGCUGUAUUUCAUUUAGAUGUUGGGUGUCGAGGUCGACUGAUAACAGAUUUUUAAAGGCCGAUAUAAUAACGAUAGUUUGGAGCAGGAAAAUGCCGAUAGCUUAUUAAUCGGCCAAUAUCUUCUUAACUUCUGCAGCAGCCUAGUCGGCUACUUCUGCCGUCACUCUGAAUUAAAUCAUUAGUAAGAGAUCAUCCUGAAGUGUGAUUUGGUGGAUUACAUCAUUGGAAUAUGUUCUAUUUAUUUACAAUGGGUGAUGCGCCGUUCUGUGGUUUAUAACUGGCCAGGAUUACUUCAUGUUGCACGUCCCGUUACCUCAUUAAAUGCCGCUCUUACGAGCCAUUAAUGUUGGUGCCUAUUCCCGAGGUAAAGAGGAUCCUAAAGUUUGCAAUUUAAUUUCAUGAAUGGAUAGUUAUGUGGUUGGAUUAUUUGGAAGAGAGAACGCCAAAUUGGCAAGUUAAAGUAACAGUGAAUGAUUUAUUUUCCUCCCUGUCUGCUUGUAUUUGGGACAAAGAGCUGUUUGUGUUAUAUAGUCGAGAGAUAACUUUUUUUCUCCCCCUCUACCUUGAAUUUGUGUAUGGAGCCUCAAUGCUAAACAGUGAUGUACGUCCCCAUGUGGAGCCAUCGGCCACUAUCAGAUCUCAGUUCCACCAAUAACGAUAGUUUGUAAAACGUCCUAUCGGCCCUGGUUGAUCAGCAUCGGUCCACCUCAAUUUGGGGGUUUUGGCACUGGUAUCGUGCAUGUUUGCCUUAUUGGGACACUUCAUAGGAACUGAGGUCUUUUUCCUGUUAUGACAAAUCAAAACAUCUGCUGUGAAAAAAAGGUCUAUACAAGAAUGAACCACACUCGGGCAUGAAUGUGACUCUCACAUUCUCCCUGUACUCAUAUCAGAGUUCAUAUGCUGUCAGUCAAACCCUUGUGCCUGGUUUCAGAAUAGAGGAUUUGGUUAAAAUCCCUCCAAGAUUACACCCUGUUGAUCAAGUGAUACCACAGGGUAUUAGGAUCAUGAAAAAAAAACAUUUCUUUUUUACAUUUAACACUUGAAAUGAUGAAGACUCUUGCAAAUGAGGUAGUACAAUAUGUAAACCAUACUUUGGUGUCUCAUCUUUACUUUCUUUUUACAAAAUGAACCAAAACUCUGACAACGAGGAAGAUCUUGGGUAGAUAAUAAUGAGAAUAAAUGUGAAACAAAAUCUAAAUGAUAUCUAAAAAGUCUAA